GUUACUGGACACAGACCAGAGGCGAUCUGUAAACAUUAACUUAAAAUCUCAGUUCUGCAGGGAUAGGGCUAGCGCACUGUCAAAAUGGUCGAUGCAUUCUGCGCCACAUGGAAGCUGAUUGACAGUCAGAACUUCGAUGAAUACAUGAAGGCACUUGGUGUUGGUUUUGCUACAAGGCAAGUGGGCAAUGUCACCAAACCCACCAUUGUCGUAAGUCAAGAAGGAGGCAAAGUGGUGGUGAAGACGCUGAGUACUUUCAAGAACACUGAGAUUUCCUUCAAACUGGGAGAGGAGUUUGACGAAACGACUGCAGACGACCGUAAUGUCAAAUCCACUGUUACCAUGGAAGGAGACAAGCUGGUGCACGUACAGAAGUGGGGUGGCAAGGAGACAAAGUUUGUCCGUGAGAUCAAGGAUGGGAAACUGGUCAUGACCUUAACCUUUGAAGGAGUCCAGGCUGUACGUACAUAUGAGAAGGCAUAACUCUGUCAGUGACCAAGCAACACUUCACAGCACUGACCACCACUGUCGUCUUGUUUUUAUUACAUGCACAAAUUUGCACUUGAUCCCUUAUUUUAACAUUAGCUAAAUGUUUGAGAAAAAUGCUUUUAUGUAAAAAAAAAGAAAACACAAAAAAGCAACAAAUAUAUUUUGUAUGAAAUACAGAAAUUGUUAUUGAAUGACCUAAUUGUUUGAGUUUGUUUCAAAAUGUGCUACUUUCAAAAAGGGAAAAAUAAAUUACUUGACUUAAAGACCUUG